AUGAGCGACAUGAUUGACGAUCCAACCCUACCGAUGCGCGUACGCGUUUCAAACUUUGUAACGCAGCUGCAAGACAAAAUCAUCAAGGGACUUGAAGAGCUUGAUCCCAACUAUACCUUUCUCCGAGAUGCAUGGACGCGAGCAGAAGGCGGCUCUGGCGUUUCUGGAGUCCUCUCUGACAAACGUGCCGUGGACCCAUCCAUUAGGAAGACUAGUCCUUCUGUGUUUGAAAAAGCUGGUAUCAACAUCUCGCUCGUGCAGGGUAAACUACCGCCACCAGCUAUUGCACAAAUGAAGUCCCACCACGCAUCGAUUCCGUAUGACCCGGCAUCCAAAGCGAGCUUGCCAUAUUUUGCGGGAGGAAUAUCCAUCGUCAUACAUCCCCGAAAUCCGCACGCCCCGACGAUCCAUGCAAACUAUCGAUAUUUCGAGAUCACGUCCGACCCGGCAGAAGGCGACGGCGAACCCAAGAUCCUUGCAUGGUGGUUUGGUGGAGGUUCAGACCUUACUCCAUCCUAUUUAUACGAGGAGGAUACCCUCCAUUUCCACAAAACGCUUUAUGACGCCUGCGCUCCGUCGGGGCCGGCAGUCUAUCCCGCUUUCAAAGCCUGGUGCGACGAAUAUUUCUAUCUCCCGCAUCGUAAAGAGUCGCGAGGCAUCGGCGGUAUAUUCUAUGAUGACUUGUGCAACGAGCCGCACCAUCGAAUGCCAGAUGCAGGACCAGGGGAAAGACCCUCUACACCAGAAGAGAUCUUCACACUCAUGAAGAGCUGUGGCGAAUCCUUCCUGCCCAGCUACAUUCCUAUUCUUAAGAGACGUAUCCACAUGCCCUUCACUGAAGAGGAGCGACGGUGGCAGCUCUUGCGAAGGGGACGCUACGUCGAAUUCAAUCUCAUUAUAGACAGAGGCACAAAGUUUGGUCUCCAAACUCCGGGAGUGCGCAUCGAAUCCGUCCUCAUGUCCCUCCCUGAAACGGCUAGAUGGGAGUACAUGACCGAACUGGGAGAGGAAGAGGGAACACGAGAAGCUGAACUCUUGAAGGUGCUCAGGAGCGGAGGACAAGAUUGGCUCGGAAAGAUAAAAGUAUAG